AUGCAUUACAACUAUUAUUCCCGGUUAAUCGGAUCUAUACAUGUGAGUAUAUAUACUUUUAUUAGAUAAAUGCACAUAAUGCCACGCUACCGGAUUCUUCAAUGUAACGCUUCAUCGGAUAAUAGUGUACAGUAGCACCAAGUCGUGGUGACCGACUAUAGGACCAUAGGUAGUAUAGUGCUCCGUCUGUUGUACAUACUAUCGAAACUGACGCCAUUGGGAUGGUUGAAUUCCAAGGAUAUAAUUGUGGGGAUUGACACACUUAUGUACCUUCGUCAAGCAAGUUGAGAACAACUCCAACUUUCUUUCAUAUACAUCUCCAGGAAACUUUGCGACAAGCUUAGAAUCAUGGCUUCCCAAAGCAGCAAUCUUCCAACCGCUGCAGAAGAAGGGUUUAAAGAUGCUGCCUCGUAUGAUGCAUACCGUCCUUCCUACCCUCCAGAGGCCGUCGAUGCGUUCCUCGCGAAGCUGAACAUUGCACAACAAUUCGGUUCCAAGAUCGUGGAGAUAGCCUCUGGUACCGGCAAGUUCACAGAGCUCCUAGCUCGGCGACCCGAGUCGUUCACUGUUAAAGCGAUAGAGCCUCAUCAUGGUAUGAGGGAAAAGCUUGCCCAGAAGGAUUUAGCAGGUGUAGAGGUGAUCGAUGGCAAGGCUGAUAAGAUGCCGAUCGAGGACGAGUGGGGUGAAGCUUGCAUCGCGGCUCAAUCAUUUCACUGGUUUGCUACUCAAGAAGCUCUAAAGGAGAUCCAACGUGUGUUGAAACCAGGUGCCGUGUUCGGUGCCAUAUGGAACAUUGAGGACUACAAUAAGCCCAAGAACUGGCAGGCGACUACGAAAUGGGAACAGAGGAUAAAUGAUUUCAUCUGGUCACUAGACGAUGGACUUCCUCGAUUUAGGCAUCAGAAAUGGAAAGAAGUAUUUGAUCAGCAACUACCCGGCAACCCACUUCAAGUUAUUAAAGAUACCUUCACAGAUCAGUUACCUAGAUUUAGUCUUCCGCUUGGGGAGGAUUCCAUCAAAUGGACGGUUUGGCUUAGCGAGGAAGCGCUUGCCUCACGGCUAAACACCUUAAGCCAGAUUGCCGUGCUCAAAGGAGAUAAACGAGAAGCCUGGGUCAAGUUCUUCAAAGAGACAAUCCAAGGUGAUGACGUUGAGAGAAAUGAUAAAGGCGAAAUUGCGGUGCAUGGUGUCACAUUCUUCACUUGGACCGAUAGACUAUAGGAGCCAUUGAUAUGUCACGAAUAGGUAGAAAACAAGGGCAUCGCUCUAGGUCAUGGAUUUAAAUAGAUAUCCCAUAGUUAUUAUGCUGCUAGAAGCCCCUUUAUAGCUAUCUAAACUAGACGAAGACUAGUUUAAAUGCAGGCCUUUUCUCGUAGAGUUUCGUAACCCAUCUUAGGACUGGAUGCUCAAAA